CGCUGUGCAGAGAUGGCUAUGGUAUGCCUUACAGACUUUGAGGAAUAUGCCAAGCAGCACCUCUCCAAGGCUACCUGGGAUUACUACGCAGCGGGGGCAGACGAAUGCUGCACCAGGGACGACAAUCUACUGGCUUACAAAAGGAUCCGUCUGAGGCCCCGCAUCCUGCGGGAUGUGUCGGUGAGCGACACCCGAACCACUGUGCAAGGCACAGAAAUCAGCUUCCCAGUUGGAAUUGCACCAACUGCCUUUCAUUGUCUGGCCUGGCAUGAAGGAGAGAUGGCCACAGCUCGGGCCACCGAGGCAGUCAACACCUGCUACAUCACCAGUACCUACUCCACCUGCUCUGUGGAGGAGAUUGUGGCAGCGGCACCAAAUGGCUACCGCUGGUUCCAGUUGUACGUGUACCGGGACCGGAAGCUGUCAGAGCAGAUUGUGCACCGUGUGGAGGCCCUCGGCUACAAGGCCCUGGUCCUCACCGUAGACGUCCCCUAUACCGGAAAGCGUCGCAAUGACAUACGCAACCAGUUUAAGCUGCCACCACACCUCAAGGUCAAGAACUUUGAUGGAGUGUUCCAGCAGGAGACUGCAGGCCCAGAGGAAUAUGGGAUCCCAGCCAACACCUUGGACCCCUCCAUCAGCUGGAAGGAUGUGUACUGGCUGCAGUCGUUGACCCGCCUGCCCAUCAUCAUUAAGGGCAUCCUGACCAAGGAGGACGCUGAGCUGGCUGUGGAGCAUGGCGUCCAGGGCAUUAUUGUGUCCAACCAUGGGGGUAGGCAGCUGGACGGCGGCCCGGCCACGAUAGAUGCGCUGUCUGAGAUCGUGGACACGGUGCAGGGCAGGAUAGAGGUCUAUCUGGAUGGAGGAAUCCGGACAGGAAGUGACGUGCUGAAGGCCGUGGCCCUGGGAGCGAAGUGUGUGUUCAUUGGCCGACCGGCUGUAUGGGGCCUUGCCUACAAGGGAGAGGAAGGAGUGAGGGAAGUACUGCAAAUCUUAAAUGAUGAAUUCCGCUUGUCCAUGGCUUUAUCUGGGUGCAGAAACGUGGCUGAAAUCAACAGGAACCUCAUUCAGUUCUCUAAACUCUGAAGCACCAGCAGAGGGCAGCUCACUUCACUUCAUUUAGCUGAUUAUCCCUCAAAGGGAAAUUUGGCUUUCAGCAGAAUUUAGAAAUGCAACAAAGACUACACAGGAUGACAAUUACCACAGCACCAAACAACUCACCCAAAACAAAGAAAGGAGACUUAUAUGAAGCAAAUAUUGUACGUGCAAAUAGCAAACACUGUGUAUUCAAAUAGCAAAGGAGGAAGAGGAGGAAGAUACUCUAACUGAAACUACUGAACAGGAACAGGCGACUGAAUCAGGCCAAUACUUCUGUGCCAGAGCCUGAGAUGCCUAUCUAACAAAAACCCUGUCAGCUCUUCAGCUCAGAGUCAUGUAUUCAUCACAUUACAAAAAGCAAUGCAUGCACGCAUAUUACAGCUUCUAUAAUUUGAGGCCAGUAGAUGCUUGUCAUGAAGCGGGGCUCUGUGGAUGUAACUCUCAUAAGAAGGCCACAGCUCAUGUGAACUCUUAAUGGCUGAUAACCAAUAUGUAUUUAUUUGAGAGUGUAAGAGUGAGAGUGGAUACAAGAAGGCUGACAUUGUGU